AUGCCGCCCAAGAAAGGAAAAAAAGGCGAAAAGGGUGGGAAGAAGAAAGGAAAAGCAGAUGUUAUUAAAGAAGCUGCUGAACCAAAGGCACUAGAACCAACAGAAAAGGAAGUGCUUUUGAAAAAGGAAUUAGAAGCAGUAACUCUCCAGCUUGAGAAAGCAAGGGAAGCUGUCACUGAAUUAAGGCAGGAACAUGAGUGGCUACAAAAUGAAGCUCAAAAGAUUAGAAUAGAAAGUCAUGAGUACAUGAGCUUCAUGGAAAGAAAGACAAACAAAAGGCAGACGACAAUUAUAACCCUAAAUGAUCACAAUAAACAAGAGAUCAGAAAUCUGCAGUUACAACGACAAAACAUGGAGGAAGAAUUUAAUGAGAAAAAGAAAGUUUUAGAAACUCUCCUCCUAGAAAAGCAGCAUGUUUUAGCAAAGGCUAACAAGGAACUUAAAGAACUGCAGGAGUACAAGGAAUUACAAAAAGAUCAACUAGAAAAAAUACAUGACCUGGAGCAGCAAGUGAUCCAGCUCCGUGCAAAACAUACAGAACGAAUACAGCGGAUGAAAGCAGACUUUCUACACGAGAAGCAUAAAUAUCAGCAAGACUCCGAGUUUAAAAUUCAAACUUUGGAAAGGAAAGCCAAUAAGGAAGCAAUGCAAUGUCUGGCAGAACACACAAACAGAAUAAGAGAGGAGAAUCGGGAGCUACGUCAAGAACUACUACAGCUGAUAAAAAUUACUCGCGCUUUGAAUGAGCAUCAGCGUAAACUAGAGAACCAAAAGCGGGAGCUAUUGAGAGAACAAAAUUAUGCCAGUAACCUGAAAAAAUUAAGAGAGACCAGACAAAAGAAAUCAAUAAAGUCUCAAGAGCAUCUAGAGGAAGAAGUUCUAAAUAAUUCUGCCUAG